ACCACCAUCUUCUGCCUUUAGCCCUUUCUGAAAUUGUCUCAGCUUUAAAAUCCUCCAAACCUCCGUGUCAUUCAAAAGUCUUCUCUCCAUCACCAUGGACAACAAUAACAACAACAGAAGCAAUCCCACCAAUGCUGCGUUUUCUUCUUGCCUCAGCACAGCAGGAGAGAGUACUGGGCAUAAGCUUGGCAGGUUAGUUCAGCACCCUCCUUCUGCCAUCACUACCAGCCAAACCAAGGCUGAAAAGGGUGAAAUCAGUGUGUUUGGUGCUGAAAGAUACUUCAACUUGAAGCUGGGUGAUGACAAUCCUACAAGUAUUGACCGUGGGCUUAAGAAAGAUCACCACUUUGAUCUGCAGAAUAGGAAACCAAAGAGCAGGCCAGGAACUCCAAGCAUGACCUCUGAAGCAAGCUGGUAUAACCAGACUACUUUAUUACCAAGUCUCCACAAGAAACCAUCCCAGAAUACGCAAAAGAAGGUAAAUGGAAAGAUAUACUUUUCUGGUUUUAUCUGCAGUAGGUCUUGUUCAGAUAAGAAGGCUAUCAAUAUUCAUGACAAUAUUGAGCAUGGAGUGAUUCAUGGAAAAGAGGAGAGUAGAAAAGCAAUUGGUCAUGCCCCAAGUUUUGAAAGGUCAAACAGAGAAAAGUCAAAGUUGGAAGAGGAUCAGAAGAUCAAAGAAGAAGAAGAGCCACGAAAUUCUCUGGAGGUGUUUGGCUCUCAUGAUAUGAUGAUCAACAAGGGUGACAUUGCAAUGAACUUAGAGAGGAAACUCUCUGUGCUAACUUGGGAUGCCAUUCCAAAAUCCCAAAAGCUUUCAACUACAUCUGCAGGAACUGGUGGAGGAGAGGAUGAAGAUAUGGGGAGUGAUGCUAGUUCUGAUCUGUUUGAGAUAGAGAACUUAUCAACCAGUGAAAAGCCAAUGUUCACCAGGCAAGCAUCCGAUGGCAUGUCCAGCUGUUUGACCUCCACCACCAGGUACGAGCCAAGUGAGGCCAGCAUUGAGUGGAGUGUUGUCACAGCCAGUGUUGCUGAUAAUUUCUCACUCAAUACAGGCUAUGAUGAAAAGAAACUGAAAGAAAACAGUAAGAAAAAAGUUGGCAAGGAGGUGCCAAAAAGCCGCCCAAGCGGAUCACUGAGUUGUAAGAGUCACAAAGCAGUGGAUGUUGCUGAAACUGCACACAAAACUAAUGAAAAGGCAAAGUCUGACUCAACACUACAGCGCCAAAGGUUGGAUUCCUCAGGCUAAGGUGAAAGAUUAUGAGUCCCAAUGAGUGCAAGAGAUUUCCCUUUUCAUCUCAGUUCAUGUUUUACCGAAUCUUCGAAUGUUGUAGGCUAUGACGCAAACUUUCUUGUAUGACAUGAUUUUACUGCU